CUUACGUCACGUUGCUGAAUCAGGUACGCAUCAUCAGGUACGCAUCAUUUCCAGACUUGAAGGCGCAGCUCAGCCGCGGCGAGGCAGCCAGUUUCUCAGGAAGAAGCAGACGGGGAGGCGUGUUGAGCUGUGAGGAGAAACCGAGACAAACUUUUAACGAUGGCAGAAAACAAAAUGGGCCCAAACCUCCAGGCUGGAGCUGGAUUCCUCGCCAAACGGGUCCAGAAGUCUUUGAAUCGAGCUCAGGAGAAGGUACUUCAAAAACUGGGCAAAACCAUGGAGACCAAGGACGAACAGUUUGAGCAGUGUUCCCAGAGCCUCAACAAACAACAGAUCGACGGAAACCGCUUGUUUAAAGAUGUCAAAGCCUACCAUGCAGCUGUGAAAGCCGUGCACGAGACAUCCAAGCGGCUCUCCCAGACAUUGCGAGACAUCUAUGAAUCAGACUGGAAUGGAGUGGAGGACCUUGCUGUCAUUACAGAGAGUGAAGACUUGCUGUGGAACGACUAUGAAGAGAAACUAAGUGACCAGAUUGUCCGCACCAUGGAGAACUAUACAAGCCAGUUCCCUGAAGUCAAGGAACGAGUGGCUAAACGUGGUCGGAAACUGGUGGACUACGAUUCAGCACGACACCACCUGGAAGCGCUACAAAGUGCCAAGAAAAAGGAUGAAGCUAAAAUAACAAAGGCGGAGGAAGAGUUCAACAAAGCCCAGAAUGUCUUUGAAGAAAUAAAUAACGAGCUGAGGGAGGAGCUGCCGGUUCUCUAUCAGAGCCGGAUAGGUUGCUAUGUGACUGUGUUCCAAAACGUAUCAAACCUAAGAGAUGUCUUCUAUAAGGAAAUGAGUGUGCUCAACCGUGAACUGUACAAUGUGAUGAAGAAACUGGAGACUCAACACUCAGGAAAAGCUUUUAUCGUCAAGGGUCUGAACAGCUCAUCAAGUAAGUCAAAGAAGAGGAAGUCCCUGGUUAUCUCCAAUCCCAUCCCCUGCAAUACGGCUUUCCCAGCUGACCACGUCUCAAUCCAUUCUUCCACCGAAAAUACCAAAGUCCCCUCUUCCCCUACCCAGCGAACUCAAAGCAUCUCUGAAGAAACCAGUGCACCAGAAGAGAGUGUCGCCUCAUCCAACUCAUCCAAAGAUGUGAACUCGUCAGACUCCGAUCUUAGCUCCAGCGGUGCCAACACGCCGAAGAGGCAGUCAGCAUGUGACAGUGAGAGCAGCGACAGGAGCACAGGGAGUCAAAGUCCAGAGGAGGCGGAAGCGGCAGCCAAGGCAGAUGCCGAAGCGGAACUCGCUACAAACCAGUCCGAUGACUCCGGGGUGGGAGUACCGAAGUCAGAAGCUGCAAGUCAGGAAGUGUCCAAUCCAUCGGAUUCUGCAGAUAGUGAUGCUCCACACAGUCCAGAGCAGGACAGUGUGAGUGAGGCCAAGCCCAAACCUGCUCCAGUUCCUGCCCCUCGCAUCUCCUUCCGGUCCACUGAUGCACGCCCCCUCUUAACCCCCCAGCAGGAGGUGCAGGAGGAGGAAGAGGAGCAGGAGGAGACAGAGGAAGUGCCAAUCAACCAGGAGACAGGUGACUCAGGAGAUGACUCCAGUUCAGGCAAUCCACCAGACUUCCUUUACAAGGCGGUGGCGUUGGAGAGCCAUGCAGCAUCUGAAGACGGUCUGCUCCAGUUUGAGGAGGGAGACGUCAUCCUGGUGCUCGCUGACACUCAAGAGGAAGGCCUGCUGAAGGGGGUCAGGGAGGAGAGCUGGAACCAGCAUGGGGAUCUAGAAAAUCACUCUGGGAUCUUCCCGGAAAAACUCAUCCAGCCUGUUCAGACGAAGUGAGGCAAUAGUCACUCUUCAGCCUGUAAUACUUUUUUUUUCUUCCAUCGACCAGUUGAUGACUCACUCAUACACACAGAAAGACAGACACACAUUCACACACACCACACCCAUAUGUUUUGGGCCCAGAAGCUGAACAAACAGAUGAUGUGACAGUCAAACACGUGGUUACUGGAAUGCUCCGAUGUUGCAACUCGUGGAACAAAAGUGAACAUUUUGUAAGAGAUGUUUGGAUUGUUAAAUGUAACAGUAUUUUGCUCUUUUUGUAUCUUCAAAGUCUUUAUCUGAAACACUGUGAAAGCAAAGACCUUUUUAUAUUGAUGUUGUAAUCUUAUGUAAACUUUCCUAAAUAAAGUUGUAAAUAAAAGAUAGUACGAUGUUGUUUUGGUAUGAAA